AUGCCUCCGAAGAAGAAAGGCGAUGGGAAAGGCGGCCCCAAGCCUGGCACAAAACAGGCCAAGGCGGUCGCAGAGAAAGCAGGGGAGGCAAAGCCGAAGCCAACAACAGAAGAGCCUAAGAAACCAUCUGUGAAGGAGGUCAUUGGCGGCGCAUCAUGGACAGGAAAGCUGCCAGUCAAUAUGCUGGCAGAGCAUUGCCAGAAGCAAAAAUGGGAAAAACCUGAGUACAGCAUGAUAAAAACCUCGGACGGAUUCGUGUCCGCCGUCACAAUGAAGAAGAUAGACUCAAAGACUAAAGAGCUCAUUGUGAUUCCACCGAUGAAACUCCCUCCCUCCCAUAAGCAUCUCGCCGGACAACCAACAGCCCUCGAGGCGCGCCACUUUGGUGCAGCUUUUGCUCUAUUCCGCGUGUGCAAUAUGCGCAAUAUUCAUAUGAUGAUGCCUCCUACUUAUAAGAAACUCUGGAAAGAAGACUUCGGGGAGAUCAAGGCAAACGACACCAGGGAGGGCAAGGGCUGGAUGUACGAGGCAGAUCCGUUCCUAGCCAAACAGGAACGUGAAAGUGCAGCGGCCGAUCUUGCAAAGAAACGUGCGGAUAGGGAAAAGGCGCAAGCCAAAGAGAAGGCAUCCAACGCCGAGUUAGGGUUAGGUAAUGGGGAUGUCAAGUCCAAGCGUAUUUGGUCGCAAGCACCCAAGGUGGACAUGGGCACUCGGAUCCGGAGAGAUAUUGAAGGUCUGCUGCGACAGCAUACGGUCUGGAAUCCUUACGGAGUGAAUAUCCCAGAAAAUCGAAAGAAGGAGAUUGCAGACGAGUUCUCUAGCUUGGGUUUCCGUCGAAGUCAUGUUGAAGAAGCUGCGGCAGAAUGCAAAGACCGUGAGGAGGUACUGGAAUGGCUACUCAUCUAUGUCCCCGAUGAUGACCUUCCACGGUGGAGUCUACCAGAGGGUUAUUCGGCUGGAGUCAGCCUUGGUUCCGGUGAUCUCGCUCGUGAGGCCAAGAUUAAGAGACUGGCAUCUGUUGGUUACCCGUCUGAUAUGUGUUCUCGGAUCUUGGAUAGUAUGGACGGCGAUGAGUGGGCUGCCGCGGAACAAUUGCAAGGCACUUUGGUUCACGGAUCUGAAUACACACUCCCAUCAGUCGAUGAAGAUGACGAGGCUUGGGCGGAGGAGGCGGUCACACUGGAGGCUAUAUUCGGUGAGCGUUAUCGUCGCAUCUCAGCCAAAGUCUGUGAGAUCAAUAGCGAGGCAGCGGAACUGCCCGCCAGUACAACCUUUCGCUUCCAAAAGCCCUCCGCUCACUAUCCAACCACGCCUCCUGUCAUCUCAAUCCAGGCAAAAGGUGUUCCAGCUUAUAUACGCCUCAGUGCAAUCCGUCGAGCAGUACGGUAUGCCGAGGACAACUUCUCGGGUGAGUCUAUGAUAUUCAAUGUCAUGGACUGGCUCGAGGUCAACCUACCUGCUGUUAUGGAGAACCCGGGCAAGCUACGAGAGAUCUCUGCUGUCACGACCUCCAUGGUGGUCGAGACUCAUCAGGUUCCAGUUCGUUCAUCACGCAAGAAUCGCAAGGGAAUUGAUUGGAAUGUCGACUCGGAACGAAGCUUGGCUAUGCGUGAUGCCUGGGAGACAAAACAAAACACAGCACCGCAACUCGAAAUGACUCGGAAGCGAAAGGCACUUCCCGCCUGGAAUACUCAAUAUGAUAUCAUUCAGGCUAUCAACUCGCACCAGGUGACUAUUAUCUCCGGUGAAACCGGUAGUGGUAAAAGUACCCAAUCGGUGCAAUUUGUGCUAGAUGAUAUGAUCCAGCGCGGACUGGGAGGUGCUGCAAACAUCAUUUGUACACAGCCGCGACGAAUCUCAGCAUUGGGUCUUGCCGACAGAGUCAGCGAUGAGCGUUGCUCCACUGUUGGUGAUGAAGUUGGAUACGUGAUUCGAGGCGAGUCCAAAGCCAAACCUGGCUCCACCAAGAUCACCUUUGUGACUACAGGUGUCUUGCUCCGUCGAAUCCAAUCUGGCGGGGACGCAGAUGGCAACGUAUCCAGCUCUCUCGCGGACGUUUCGCAUGUGGUGGUUGAUGAGGUUCACGAGCGCAGUCUGGACACAGACUUCCUCUUGGCGCUUCUGAGGGAUGUUUUGCGUUAUCGCAAAGAUCUCAAAGUAAUUCUCAUGAGUGCUACGCUUGAUGCGGGUAUUUUCAUGGAUUACUUUGGCGGACAGCAGUCAGUUGGAUUGGUGAACAUCCCUGGUCGAACGUUCCCCGUUCAAGACUACUACUUGGACGAUGUUAUGAGAUACACAUCUUUUGCACCGGAACUUGCGGAAGAAUACGAGUAUGAUGAAGAACCAUCCCGGGGUGAGGAAACGCUUGGUAAAGCACUUCGCAGCCUGGGCAUGGGCAUCAACUACGAUUUGAUCGCAGCGACUGUCGAAUACAUUGAUGCACAAAUGGGUGAACAGCCUGGUGGGAUUCUGAUUUUCCUCCCUGGUACCCUGGAGAUCGACAAGUGUCUGGCAGCAGUCAAGAGAAUCCCAAACACACACCCUCUACCAUUGCAUGCAUCUCUCCUCCCCGCUGAGCAACGAAGGGUAUUCCAAAGCCCCCCAAGAGGAAUGCGAAAGGUUAUUGCUGCCACCAAUGUAGCGGAAACUUCUAUUACGAUUGAGGAUGUCGUUGCUGUCAUUGACACUGGUCGAGUCAAGGAAACAAGCUACGACCCUAAGGACAACAUGGUCCGACUUCAAGAAGUAUGGGCCUCGCAAGCGGCUUGCAAGCAACGCCGUGGUCGUGCUGGUCGUGUCCGCGCAGGUAUUUGCUAUAAGCUGUACACCCGCAAAGCCGAAUCCAACAUGGCCCAACGGCCAGACCCGGAAAUUCGCCGUGUGCCACUGGAACAGCUGUGUCUGUCAGUAAAGUCUAUGAAGGGAAUCGACGAUGUCGCCAACUUCUUAGCAAAUACCAUCACCCCGCCGGAAAGUAUAGCUGUUGAAGGUGCAUUGAACUUCCUACAUCGUGUAGGGGCCCUUGAUCAUGACAAACUCACUGCACUCGGUCGAUAUCUCUCAAUGAUCCCUGCCGAUCUCCGAUGUGCCAAGUUGAUGAUCUAUGGUUCGAUUUUCGGCUGUAUUGAACCCUGUCUCACCAUUGCAGCCAUGUUAACGGUCAAGAGCCCGUUCAUCUCACCACGCGAAAAACGCGAAGAAGCCAAUGCUGCCAAAGCAAGUUUCUCUCGCGCAGGCGAUGGCGAUCUUCUCACGGAUCUUUCGGCUUACCAGGCUUGGUCUGAGCGAGCCCAGGCAAAGGGUGGCUAUUGGGGGACCCAGUCGUGGUGUGGUGCCAAUUUCCUCUCCCACCAGACGCUACGCGAUAUCUCUUCCAAUCGCGCUCAAUUCAUCACCUCUCUCAAAGAUGCAGGUGUCCUGGCUGUCAACUACUCAGAUUCUUCGCCCGUUUGGAACCGCAAUGCCUCCAAUCGUAACUUGAUCCGUGCUCUCAUUGCUGGAGCCUUCCAGCCACAGGUCGCGCAAAUCUCAUUCCCAGAUAAGAAGUUUGCCAGCUCCGUCACCGGUACUGUUGAGGUUGACCCAGAUGCGCGUACUAUCAAAUACUUCAACCAGGAGAAUGGUCGUGUCUUCAUUCACCCAAGCUCGAUUCUUUUCUCUGCUGCUGGCUAUCCCAAUGCUGCGGCAUACAUCAGCUACUUUACAAAGAUGGCUACUAGCAAGGUUUUCAUUCGCGAUCUUACCCGUAAGUUACUAGGCCCCAUGCAUCGCGUCAUGGUCUUGUUUCAUUCUAACGGGUUUCCAGCUUUCAACGCAUACUCACUACUUCUUUUCUGUGGCUCCAUUGAGCUUGACACUGUGGGCCGUGGUCUGGUUGUAGACGGCUGGCUCCGUCUCCGUGGCUGGGCCCGCAUCGGCGUACUCGUCUCGCGACUCCGGACGAUGUUGGAUGAGGCUCUUGCGGAGCGCUUCGACAACCCUGCGCAAGUGACUGAUGGCAACAGUAUCGGAGAUCGAGUAAUCGAAGCUGUCAAGAAACUCAUUGAGUACAAUGGGCUUGAUCAGUGA